UUUAUGGGAAACAUCCGUGUGUCCAGACGAGGUUCACAGCAGCAGCGUCAGACACCUUUCUGGUGUGCAAAGACAUAGAAAACGCCACGCAGCCGCCGCACAACAGAAACGCCACGCAGCCAGUGUGCAGGAGGCCUUACUCUUGUUUCCUCUCCCCAGAUGUCCCUCCUGAGACUGCGUCUACGAGUGGAUCGGCUCCGGGGCAGCCGGCGGCAUCCCCCCAGGCCAGCAGCCAGGGCGAAGCUUCAGCGGAGCCCAACACAUCCACAGCUGGCACGGGAGAGUCAGCGGGGGAGUCGGCCUCGGGGGAGGAUGCUCUGGCUCGUAUCCGGCGUCUGAUUGCCGAGGGCGGCAUGACGGCCGUGGUCCAGCGGGAGCAGAGCACCACGAUGGCGUCGAUGGGCGGCUUCGGCAACAACAUCAUUGUGAGCCACCGCAUCCACCGCGGCUCGCAGACCGCCGCCGGGGCGUCCCGUUCGCCGCCGGCAGACCCCUCCUCCUCCUCCUCCACCUCCUCCUCCUCCUCUUCCUCGGCGCCCCUCCUCAUCCCGCAGACGUCCAACCCGGCCGAGCAGCUCGCCAUGUGGGGCCCGCGGGCGCCGCCGGGGCUCUCGCUCGCCGUGGACAUGGACGACGUGUUCGAUGGCGUGCGAACGGACGACGACGAAGACUCGUCUUCUCCCCCACGCCCCUCCUCUUCCUCCAUGCUGCUGUCGUCCUCUUCCUCGGCCUCCUCCUCUUCCUCUCGGAGCCCACGCGGCGGCGGCGGUGGUGGCGGCGGGGGGGGGGGGGCGGGCGUCUCCAACGGUUACCCUGGCGACCCAUACAGCAGGUAG